AUGUUGGCUGUGAAAAAUUUCUUUAUGCCCGAGAAACGGGUGGACUCGCCAAGGUUUUCGAGGAUGCCCGAAGCUUUGUUGAGAUCUAUCAGAAGGAGAUCCUUGAGAGUGAAGAGGACUAAGUCGCUGGUACUAGUCAACGAGAAAAGAAAAUCCGAUUCAUUUGUAAAUAGCCAAGAAUGGACUGCAUCAAGAGGGGUGACAGAGUUGAGGGUUGGGGUAUUAGGCUCUCCCGACAGCGGAAAAUCUGCACUAGUUCAUCGUUAUCUUACAGGCGCGUAUAUGCAAGAAGAAAGUCCAGAAGGUGGUCGCUUCAAGAAAGAGGUGAUAAUUGACGGACACAGCUACCUACUUCUCAUCAGAGAUGAGGGAGGACCGCCAGAAAUGCAGUUUACAGCCUGGGUUGAUGCUGUGAUCUUCGUUUUCAGUCUUGAUAACGAGAUCAGUUACAACACGGUAUCCAGUUACUUUAAUAAGAUGUCCCACUAUAGAAAUUCCGCAGAAAUACCUAUCAUUUUGGUCGGGACCCAAGAUGCCAUAAGUGAAAGUAGUCCGCGCGUUGUGGACGACAACCGCGCUCGCAAGCUGUCGAAUGAACUGCGGAGGUGCUCAUACUACGAGACGUGCGCGACAUACGGACUUAACGUCGAAAGAGUUUUCCAAGAUGCAUGCCAGAAGAUAGUUGGGACUAGGCUGUCGGCUUCAUCACAGUGUCUGUCUGGCGGUUCCCGGCCAGUGACACCACAGCCACUGGCAAAUUCUCCAAGUCACAAUCACUCAACAUUUCUCUAUAAGGACUCGUUACCGCGUGGUCACCAUACGCUCUCAGCGUCUUCACAUCACCUACACAGGGGCGCUUCGUCUUUCGACGCCUCCUCCAACAGCAGCGGUAUAUCAUCAACACACGUGGUCGAGAUACACAGCACCAACGGAUCUGACGCAUCGUCGAGGUGGGGUAACUCGCUCGGUAGCCACGGCUCAUCAUCAGGACUCGUUUCUAUAGCAACUGAAAAUAAUAAUGUCAAAUUCACUGCACCACACUGCUUAGAUAACCUCCAACCAGUUAAAGACUCCAAAGAUUUACCAACGCCUUCUUCGACUCCCACCACCUCAAGGAAGUCGAGAAGAAGAUCAAAUCUCUUCACCCCCUCAAAGAAAGGGGAUGACAGACUGAAGAAUGGAGAACUGGGAUCUGGUAGAGCGAUACCGCUUAAACAGGGAUAUCUUUACAAGAAGAGCAGUAAGGCUUUGAAUAAGGAAUGGAAGAAAAAGUAUGUUACGCUGUGCGAUGACGGGAGACUUACAUAUCAUCCCAGCUUGCAUGAUUAUAUGGAGGAUGUGAACGGUAAAGAGAUCUCAUUACAAUAUGUGACGGUGAAGGUGCCAGGGCAGAAGCCUCGGGGGUCCAAGUCUAUAAUCACUACGGUCCCCGGGUACAACGGGUACACUAGUCUAGACAUACACGACAGCAUCGGUGGACUAUCUCUAGGUUAUAAAGAUAAACCGACGAGACUCACCGAUAAAGCUCUGUUGUCGGCAUUUGACACGAUGAAGGAGCCAGCGUCCAGUCGACAGUCUAUAGCUUCAGACGAUAUGACCACUAACGGAGACAAGGAUGUUAAGAAAAGGCAUAGAAGAAUGAAAAGCAGUGGGGUCAAAAAAGAUGGUGACGAAGAGGGAGAGAACGCGUCGUCGUGCGAAUUCACGAUAGUUAGUUUGGAUGGCAAAAGAUGGCGAUGGGAAGUGGGGGCUACGGGAUGUGCGGCCGCCGCCGAACGAGACGCCUGGGUGGCCGCAGUAGAGGCACAGAUACUGGCCUCGCUACAGGGACGGACGUCGCGACUGCCGGCGCCUACCGGUGCGAAUUCUACCGGUGACGUGAGAGCGACAUACUAUAUAAGGAGGGUGAAGGGCAAUGAUAAAUGUUGCGACUGUGGAGCUCAAGAUCCUGACUGGGCGAGUUUAAACUUAGGUAUUCUGAUAUGUAUAGAGUGUUCAGGCGUGCACAGGAAUCUCGGGUCCCACAUAUCGAGGGUUCGAUCUCUCGACCUGGACGAAUGGCCACUGGGUCAUGUAAGCGUAAUGGUGUCGUUGGGCAACGCGUUAGCCAACGUUAUAUGGGAGGCGGACUUACGAGGACACACGAAACCGCACGCCGCGUCUUCUAGGGAGGAGAAAGAACGAUGGAUCCGGCUGAAGUACGAGCGGCGCGCGUUCCUGUGCGUGGGCGAGGUGGCCACCGACCUGGAGUCGCUGCGCGCGGCGGCGUCCCGCGGCGCCGUGCCCGCGCUGUGCCGCAUGCUGUGCGCGCCCCCGCCCCGCGCGCCCUCGCCCCACGACCGCGCGCUCGCCCUGCGCGCCGCCGCCGCCGCCGGCCAUCUGCCCGCCGCGCAGUUGCUCAUAUGGCACAACGGCAACCCGAACUUCCCGGACGCGGACGGGCACACGUGCGUGUUCUACGCCCGAGCGGCCGCCAACCAUCUGUCGGGGAUCCCCCCGCAGUACCCCAAGAACUUGCAGCUCACCUGCCCCCUCCACCCCACCCCGCCCGCUUCGACCACCGAUUCGUCGUCGUCGAGCUCCAGCAAGAACUCCCUCAGGAACCCGGAACCUGAAUGCAACUGUAUAAUAUUCGAGCUCCUAAACGCUCAGAGCGCGGCGAACGCUCUAGUUGAAUUAUUGAUAGGACUACAAAACAACCAGUACAUGAACGGGUUCGAUAACGGCUCAGGAUUGACGGCGUACGGUCACGCUACCCUCGGGAGACCUCUGGGUCCGAAUCUAUCGUUGACGAACGGAAAGUGUGGCAGUAUUGUGUAA